AUGGGAAACUUAGGGAUUAUGCAGAGAUGAUAAGAUUGACUGAUAAAGGAAGUAGGGUUAUUUUGCAAACUGAAAUGGAAGAUGAAAAUGCACAGCCGAAAUUUAAGAGAAUGUAUAUUAGGUAUAAUGCACAAAAACUUGGGUUUUUGGGAGGUUGUAAACCAAUUAUUGGUUUAGAUGGGUGCCACUUGAAAGGCAGAUUUGGGGGGCAAAUACUUUCUGCCAUAGCUAGAGAUGCAAAUGACAAUAUUUUCCCAGUUGCAUUUGCUGUUGUUGAGCAAGAAAACAAAGAUUCAUGGGUAUGGUUUCUGCAGCAGUUUUCAAAUGACAUUGGGGAUCCACAGCAACUUAAUCUGGUCUUCAUCAGUGACAGACAAAAGGGCCUUAUACCUGCAAUUGAGAUGCUGUUCCCAACUUGUGAGCAUAGAUAUUGUGUGAAGCAUAUCUAUAAUAAUUUCAAAGUGGAUCAUAAGGGCUUGGAGUUGAAGGAUGCACUGUGGAGAUGUGCUGGAGCCAUAACAGUGAGGGAGUUUGAAAGAAGAAUGCAGGAAAUGAAGGAUUUGGAUGUCAAGGCAUGAGAGUAUCUUGUUGACAUCAACCCUGCACAAUGGUCUAAGU